AUGUGGUCACUCCAGGCCUUCUACCCCGAACUGGGCUUGGGUCCAAUUAUGGCUAUCUCGAUGACUAGCGGUAUCACGACCUCGAUGAUCUUAGAGACUGUUCUUCUUCGACUCGGUCGCGACCAUCUGUCGUGGCCGGCUGCUGCCAAAACCGCAUCCGGCAUGAGUAUGAUUUCCAUGCUGACAAUGGAGCUCGCGCAGAAUCUGGUUGACUACCAUCUAACAGGUGGGGUUGUCGCAUGGUCUUCGCCAAAUUUCUGGGCAGCAGCGGCUGUCUCUAUGCUAGCGGGCUUUUUCGCUCCUUUACCUUAUAACUACAUCCGUCUGAAGAAAUAUGGCAAGGCGUGUCAUUGA